AGCAUAAACUUUGUCACCUGGCUUCAAGCAAUGAUUGCAAUUGAUCUUAAAUUUGAAGAGUGGCAAUGGCAGUACCAAAUCUCCACCACAUUCUUCAUUUGUGUGAUUGUCCCCACGUUAUAUUACGUCUGGGCCAAGUAUAUCACGUCCAACCCUAACAACUACAACAAGUUAGAGGAUCCAAUCAAGUUACAAGUGAGCAUACCCGAUGAAGCCAAGCCUCAUUGGAAAGGUAAGAGAUUGUACCCUCCCAAUCUCUCAAUUCGUGUUCCCGAUGAGCCCAACAAGAUUCAGAGUUAUUGUCCUGCUACGGGACAAUAUUUAGGCACAUUCACCACCACCAGUCGCGAAGAAAUGGACGAGCAGAUCAGUCGUGCCAAGCAAGCACAACAAGCUUGGAAACACUCAAGUUUCAGCGUACGGCGUAGACUUUUGAAGACAUUGGCCACGUUCAUUUUGGAGAAUCAGGAAAAUAUCGCCAGGAUUGCCUGUCGUGAUAGUGGAAAAACCAAAUUGGAUGCCCUGAUGGGGGAAAUCAUGGUUACGCUUGAGAAAUUGAAUUGGAUCGUCAACAAUGGUGAACGUGCAUUAAAGCCAAGCCAACGUCCGGGAUCUUCCAACUUCUUCUUGGGAUUAAUGAAGAAUGCUGAAGUGAGAUAUGAACCACUUGGGGUUGUUUCUGCAAUCGUGUCUUGGAAUUACCCAUUUCAUAACUUGAUGGGUCCUAUAAUUGCUUCUGUGUUUGCUGGUAAUGCCAUUAUUGUCAAAUGUUCCGAACAGGUUGUAUGGUCGUCUCAAUGGUUUAUUGAUGUGGUUAGAACGGCAUUAAGACUGAUGGAUAUUGAUGAGAACUUGGUUCAAUUGUGUUAUUGUUUCCCUGACGAUGCUGAAUAUUUCACUUCCCAUCCCGGUUUGCAACAUAUUACAUUUAUUGGAUCAAAACCAGUGGCACAUUACGUUGUGCAAAGUGCUUCCAAACAAUUAACACCUCAUGUUAUUGAAUUGGGAGGUAAAGAUGCAUUGAUUGUUCUCGAUGAUGUUAAAGAUAUCAAUGCCUUAUCAUCAGUUAUAUUAAGAGGAACUUUCCAAAGUGCUGGUCAAAAUUGUAUUGGUAUUGAACGAGUCAUUUGUUUACCCAAGAGUUAUGAACAAUUGGUAGAAAUCUUUACAGAAAGAAUAUCCCACUUUAGGGUUGGAUCAGAUAUAGAUCAAUUGGAUGAAAUUGAUAUGGGUGCCAUGAUUUCAAAUAAUAGGUUUGAACAAAUUGAAGAAUUGAUUAAUGAUGCCGUGGCCAAAGGUGCUAGGUUGAUCCACGGUGGUAAACCAUAUCAACAUCCAAAUUACCCACAGGGCCAUUAUUUUGAACCCACUUUACUCGUGGAUGUAACUCCAGGAAUGAGGAUCUUCCAAGAGGAAGUAUUUGGACCGGUUCUUACCAUGAUUAAAGCUAAUGAUGUUGACGAUGCUAUUACCAUUGCCAACAGCACUGAGUAUGGGUUGGGAAAUUCCAUAUUUGGUAGUGAUUUCACACAACUCAAUGAACUUGCAAAUAGGCUUGAAAGUGGCAAUGUUGCCAUUAAUGAUUUUGCUACAUUUUACGUGGCUCAAUUGCCAUUUGGUGGUGCCAAAAAGUCGGGUUAUGGUAAAUUUGGAGGUGAAGAGGGCCUUACUGGGCUAUGUAAUGCUAAAUCAGUAAUUAUGGAUAAGCCUUUAUUAAGAUUACUAGGAAUUGCUACUAGUAUCCCACCACCAAUUGAUUAUCCAAUUAAAGAUGAUAAAGCUGCCUGGUCAUUUGUUGAGAGUUUAAAUAUUGCUGGAUAUGAUAAUCGUAUCUGGCAAAAGAUCAAGGCAUUUAGUAAAUUAUCGAAAGGUGGAAAAUAGGGUUUGAAUUUGUGUAUGUGUGUUUUGCUUCUUCUUGAAAGUUAUUGCAUUUAAUCUAUAUAGACAUCUUAUGUUCAUAGACCACAAUAGUAUAUAUAUAUAUUUAUUUACGCAGCAUUGAUGUGUAAUUCAGGAGUUGGUUUAAUGGUGGCAUCAACCAACAAUUUCACGACAACGUCCUUCUUUUCAGAAUACUUGGCAUUAAUAGCAGCCAAUUCCUUUUCGACUUGAGAAUCGGCUUCUUUGUCAAUUGAUUCAUUCAAUCCUUCGUGCUCCUUUUCGUAUGCCUUCAAUUCAGCUUCCUUUUGUUUCUUAUAAGCAUCAAUUUCUCCUUGAGCAUCUUGCUUGGCGGACUUUAAUCGAUUGGUUCUGUAUUUUCUAGCUUCAUUGACAAUCUCAGCAGCUUCCUUUUCUGUCUUUAACAAUGAUUGAAUUCCUGAUGACAUGUUGGUUGUGUGUGUUUGUGAUGUAUCAGUCU